GCAUAUAUCAUCUUUCUCAUUUCUCAUUUCUCAAUUCUUAGUUUUCUAAAUUCUUAAAUAAUGGCAGUUUCAGUUACUACUAGUCUUCUUAUUAGUCCCUUGAAAACUCCAUCAUUAUCAUUUUCUUCUUCUUGUGACUCUGUUUCCUUUGCUUCAAAUGUUGCUUUUCCUAGGAAACAAUUUAAACUUUGUGCUACAAAUGAUGGGGCACUUACAGGUGUGGUGUUUGAGCCAUUUGAUGAAGUGAAGAAGGAUGAAUUUAUGGUUCCUAUAACCCCACAAACUUCACUCGCUCGCCAGAGGUUUGCAGAGGAAUGUGAAGCUGCUAUCAAUGAGCAGAUCAAUGUGGAGUACAACGUUUCUUAUGUAUACCACUCAAUGUACGCCUACUUUGACAGAGACAACAUAGCUCUAAAUGGCCUCGCAAAAUUCUUCAAGGAGUCAAGUGAAGAAGAAAGGGAACAUGCUGAGAAGUUAAUGCAUUAUCAGAAUAUCCGAGGAGGAAGAGUGAAGCUACACUCUAUUAUGAUGCCUCCCUCUGAAUUUGAUCAUGUUGAUAAGGGAGACGCGUUACAUGCAAUGGAACUGGCUUUGUCCUUGGAGAAGCUAACAAAUGAGAAACUUCUGACCCUGCAUAGCGUGGCUGAUCGGAACAAUGACUCUGAAAUGCAAGAUUUUGUUGAACGAGAAUUUUUGGCCGAGCAGGUCGAGGCUAUUAAGAAAAUUGCAGAAUAUGUAACUCAGCUAAGGAUGGUUGGGAAAGGACAUGGAGUGUGGCACUUUGAUCAGAUGCUUUUACAUGAGGCUAAUGGUGCAGCUUGAAGUCCACAGUGCAGUCUCAUUUAUCUUAGAUUAUUAGGCUAUACUAUAUGCUGUUUCAACAUUUAGAACUUGUGUUGUUGUCCAAUAAUGUAAUAAUAUGUUUAUGUUAUCACUUAGAAUUCAAGUCAUGUAUAGGCUUAAUCCUGGAAGAUCAAUAUGGCAGCUUGUUUUCAAGAAAUAAAAGUAGUUUGAUGAGGAAUAAAAGGAGAGUUCUCAUCUUGCUAAGUUUGCUAGUUUAAUGGUCCAUUACCAUUAGGGUAAUUACAUUUAUGUAGGAAUAUCUAUGAGAUCAUGUACAAAACAACUACUUAAGAAGAAGUCGAUUGACCAAA